GUUUUGUCCGUGGCUUUGGACGGCACUGAUAGCACCCAUUAUCAGUACAAGAAACGUUCCAUUUCGCGCAUUACAGGUUAUUGGAAAUACGUUUGUCGAAUUUUUUGCUUAUAAUAACGAUGGUUGUGGUGCGCAAAAGACGGAUCUCGGUUGGCGGUUGUAGUUUUCGAAUUGUUUCGAGAUAAUCUCUGAAGAAUAACUCGUGCCAUGAGUGCAGGCUUCAGAAGUCCAAGUGAACUGUUGAAGACUAGGGAACACAAUGGAAACGUGGAGGAAGAGGAAGAAAAGUCAACAUUUUUCAGACGUUCAGCAAGUGAAAAGCAAUUCAGUGUGAGGAAGCUAGUGCACCAGUUCGAAAACCGUGCUAGUCAUCGCUUUGAGCGAAUCAGUGAAAGAUUUUCAUCGAAGCGGAAGAAAUUCGCACACGCCAAGAAGGAUGCUGAUUCCAGUGGGGCAAUUUCUACCAACACAGCAGCAGCAGAAGCGGAGAAGCCUUCGUCGACGGCAUUGUGGUAUCUACCCAACGAUAAGAUAACGGAAGAUAACGAAGAAUGGGAAUCUGCGGACGACGGAGAAAAACGUGAAGAUGACUACGAAGAAGACCUAAUUCCCGAUGCAAGCGAUAUCUGUGAUUGUUGGAAUGAGUUCAUAUACCUGCAACUCUCAAAGGAAAAUGCCGAAUUCCUAAACUCAUACGAUUCAGACUUUGAGGAGGAUUGCGACGAAACUUCAGCCGAAGCAAGUAACACAAUAAUAUCGCUAAAAUGGCCAGGAGAUGUUGUACAUUAUAUAGUGCACGGGUAUUAUCAGCCGACCGACCAAGGAAACCAACAGCUGGAGCAAGAUGUCGACGAUGACGACGAGUUUAGCGAAUCAGAUGGAUCGUCGUUCUCUGAUGAAGAAAUUUUAGUUGAACCAGAAGAAAAAGAUUCAAAACUUUCGUACCUCAUCAAUGAACUGAUUGAAACCGAAAGCAACUACAUCAACGCACUGGAAAGAGGAAUUGCGGCGUACAUUCAUAACGUGUUCGAAACCGAUCCUACUCCUAUAGAGUUGAAGAAUAUGAAGUAUCAUCUGUUCGGAAACAUCGAGUUCAUUCACAAGUUCCACAAAACGAUUUUUCUGCCAAAGCUCAUGGCUUGCGGAAAAGACGUACAAAAACUAGCAAAAGUGUUUUGCCAAUACUUGGAAAACGAUUCAUUCUAUGGAUAUGUUUUGUAUGCAUUGUACAAUACCAAAUCGCAGCGGUUAUGUGAACAGCUAGCUAAAUUUUUCGAAUCCCAGCAAAAUUGUAGUGGAGAUAAGCUCGGUGUCAAGAGCUUUAUUCUUCAGCCAAUUCAGCGACUUCCACGGUACAAAAUUCUACUCGAAAACAUCGCAAAGGCAUUACGCUCCAGUGAAUCCGUCUCCGGCGAUGAAUCUAGCACUCAGUUGAACGCUGUUCUCGGAGCAAAACAAAUGAUGGAGAGUUUCAUCACUAUUAUGAACGAAUCUAUGGCUGUGGUGGAGAUCAUGGAAUGCAAAGAACCAGAUGAUGACGAAGUAGAGCUAGGAUUCGGCGUACCUAAACCAGCAACCAUUCUUCGUGAGCAGAACAACAAAACUCAAUAUAUAUUUCUAUAUCCAAGAGAUUCAGAAAAUAUGAAAAAGGUUAAACCUAUUAAUUUGUUACAUCAAGGAAAAUUCAAGAAAUCCUUUCCAGUAUUCUUCAACGAUCUUCGACUCGACCGCCAGUACAAGGGAAAACUGUUUAUGUUCGAGCGAUGCAUUUUCUACACGGAAGAGUUGAAAACAAAACAGCUCAGCUACCGGGGUCACUUCAGUCACCAAGAAGUGUCUUAUGAUUUUAGCAAUCUGCAGAUUCUAAGAAUAAUAUCGAAAAAAGAUGCACACCACUCCAUUGAGGUCAAAAUUAACAUUCAAAUUCCAGAAACGAACCUUGCUGUCAUUGUAGAGCUUUUGCGCUCAAUCAUACUCAAGCGUGAAAGAAAGGAGAGCUUCGUCAUGGAGAGCAAAGAGCUGACCAUGAUAGGCCAUUCAGUAACGAAGAGAUUUCCCAGUAUUCGGAGUAGUUUUUCAAGCAAUGCUAGUGGUUCAAGCUGUUGGAGCACAUUAGAAGAUAAUCAAUUUGAAGACAGUACCAGCAUAGAUUGCAGUGCUCAAAUGAUGAACAGUGGAAACGAAACCUCGUUCAAUCAGAUUGUGAACUUUAUUCAAUAUUACGAAAAAGCAUUGGAGGAUAACAUAAAGUUUUACAUUUACUCUCAAUCGAAUGAUGUUCGAAGUCGAUUAAUCGAUUUAACUGAGGUUUUGGGAGAAAUGCUCAAAACACAACAAGACAUCAACUACCGACUAGUUGAAGAGAAUCUAUAUCGAAAUUCCGAGUUGAGCCUUACCCACUUCUGUGAUACAUUCCAUGACAGUAUAAAACGGUCUGAAUUUGACGUUUUUCUCCGUUAUGUACAACAUUUCAAAGCAGCAGAGAAUGUGUUGAUGACAUAUGAAAACUAUUGUACUGGAUUACCAAAACCAGAAAACAUGAUAUUCUUGUCGGUAGAUGCAUUUCUACAUCUUCCUGUUGAGUAUGUUAAUAGGUGUUGUACAUUUUUUGAAGCUGUAUAUAAUGACACACACAGCACUGUAGAGGAAAUCACGCUUAGAAAUACAUUACUCGACUACAAAAUCUCCUACGUGCGAAAUCAACUUUUAUUACUACGGCAGCGUGUCAAUGAAAACUAUUACAUUCGGCAGCAUAUCAUGGACGUCAACUUCCUGCAGGAAAUCGAGCUUGUACAAUAUUCUGAAAUAAUAAAACUAGACGGAUCAUACGCAAACUAUCGACUGUUUCUGAUGAAAACUGGAUUAUUGUGUAUGAAGAUAAAGCAAGACAUGCCCGAAACGUACAGUAGCGUAACUUUGUACUACCCGUACACGAAAACCACAGCCAGGAACAGUCACCGGAGUGGGAAACGGUGGACUGCAUACCUAGAUGGGCGGAGGACGACUUUGAUUUUCGAGGACAAACAGAAGAGACAUGCUUUCAACGAGCGAUACUCCACAUUGGCGGAACAAAUGCGGCAAAGGGAGGGCGUGACGAAGAAAUCGUUUUUCAGUUUGUUCGAAACAAGUUAACAAUAAAUAGGAAUCGGAAACAUUAUAA